GAUUGCAGGCGGGUAAUAUGUAAUCGUAGUUUCCAGCAGCUUCGUGAAUGCACUAGUCCUUCUUUGUUCUAGGAGAGAUCAAGGAUGUUGAACUAACUUGUAUGUAGUCUUUUUGUAUCUUGAGAGGCCCCCAAAAAGGACAAGUAAUAAAUGUACACUACCUAGUAACUCCGACUACCGCUUAUCAAUCUUGGCAUUCUUGAUACUGAUUUUGACUAUGACUUAUGGAAAUUGUGGUUGUACUUCACCGAGAUACAGGGACUGAACGUCAAGAUGAUGAGAGUAAAUCAUGGCAUCCGCUGAUCGACAAAGGCGAAACAUGCCGGCCGGACCAAGUAAUAUCGAUUUUUUUUAGAGAGUUAACGAACUAAAAAACCAACGAAAAUAGCUGAAGCAACGAACUAGUAAAGAACCAUCUUGUUUUUGAAUAUGAUAAAAAUAGUGAUAGAUGUCAGUUGACAACCCAACUACAAGUUUGCAUUAUGACAACGCAGUCGCACGUGUUGUAGGUGCAGAGCAAGAAUAAAUUGCGUCGUAGACGAAUAAAAGCACGAAGGUGCUGCAUUACAAGUGGUUAGAAAAUUGGAAAUGGAACUGUAAACACAUAUGCCUUUAACACAUGAGCAUGACCAUGACGUGUAUUCAUCUGCACCAGAGUGAAUCCAAAGUCGUUAAUACUUCCAUGCCCUUGCUUGUGUAAAGCAAUAGAAAUAGUGUUGAUGUAACUCUUCUAGGUAACCAUUGAAAAAAUGGCAAAUAACUUUCUAUUUUUCAUCUCCUUUGUUCACGUUCUUUCAUGACUAAGUCUAGGGUUGUAGUAGCUAAGUCUAAGUGAAGUAUUUAUUCUAAUUUUCAAAAUGCUUUGAUGCUGCUAGAGUGAGUAGUUUAUUCUUGCCUUCAUCAUCAUUUUUCUUUUAUUGGUUGCUUAGAUAGUUCAUAGUUCCCACCCCCUUUACUAACUCAAUCACUAGAAAGAAUGGAACGAAAAAAAUUCUUGAUUAUAAUUUGAGAGACUAAUACACAUACUCAGAUGCUAUAAUGUUGAAUCAUGAGAACAAUGGUUACCGUUAUCAGAGUGUCGUAAGGGAUGGAAAGAGAAAACGUAGGGGGAGGAAGCAGCGUUGACAGAGUGCAAUUUCUUGAAUACUUCUGAACAACACCACCUUUUUUUCGACCAUCUCCCUGUCUUUCUGAUCCAUCAGAAACGAGCACGGCCGCGGGUAUCGAGCCCCUCCCUGGAGGCACUGGUCCUACGCUACCCCCUGGCAGCGUUUGGAGCAACAACCCUUCGAGGCAACAAGGGAGCAGCGACCCUCAAGGUGCAUCCGCCGGUAGUAACACAGCAGUCACAGGAGCUGCUUUCGCACCAGACACGGGUCCUUCACUCGCUGACUCCCUCAAGCAAGCAAAGGCGAAGUCGGCCAACAAAAGAGAAAGAAACAAGAAAGCAAAUAUAGCGACCAGUCCAGGAAAAGGAGGACCCAUUAAUGCAGCAGCCUCCAGCAAUACCAAGGAUCAAGCGGCAAGUAGUACAGUAAAAAGCACUUCAGCCGUUACUCCGGUCGUCGACGCGGCUACCGACAAGCCUUGUGCCGCCGAGGAAAUAAAGGGUGCUGAAACGUCGCAGGCUGCCGCGUGUGUAGCGAAGCCAGCUGAAAAAGCAGGAACCACGGCAUCUCCACCUCCUCCAGUAGAAGAUACGACGUCGCUCAAGACGCCAGAGCGGGCUACAGGGUCUUCCAAAGGUCAGGAGAAAGAGACCGAUCCGGAGAGCAUGCCGAACGGAGGGGCUAUUGACAGCGACACCUCCGGUCUGAUACCGCCGCCACCUCCUCCGCCCGAAAGCAAUAAGACGUCGCCCGUGCUCUCCCUAGAUGUUCCUCGGGACCACUUGUUGAUGAACGGUCAUCCUUCUGGGACAACGAAGCGAAGCACCACAGCAGGUGCGAAUAGUACGACCUUCAACGCAGAUCAAGAUAAUCCAACUCCUAGAUCAGGAAAGAAGAACAAGAAGCUUGACGAGAACAGUCUGCAAUAUCAGCUGAACCUCCACCUCUGCGGCGAAGCGGGGCAGCAUACAGUAAACGCAUCCACUACGUCUGGCGAAGAGGCGAAGCUGCCAACGCGUGCAGACCUCGAAGAGUCGGACUUGAAAAACGUACCUCCGCCACCACCACCAGCCCCGGACGGAAACUACUUGUUUUCUCCCGCCUCCUCGUCGCCAGCACCGCCGCCUCUGCCCCCGGCGCUGCCACCGUCAGGCUCGGAGACGUCGCGCAGUGGAUCGAAGAACAAGAACCUGUCAGCAGACGCACCGGCCUUCAUCCCGCAUGCGGCACAGGCGCACGCCUUUCCAAUCUCGGCAGCCUCACCUACGUUCAUUGGGACCGUGAGCAAGCAGCAUCUUGCGCAGCUCGCACCAGCGCCAGGCCUCGCGAAAGCGAACGGAGUAGAAGCGGCUGGAACUCCUGGACACACGAGCCCCUACGACAUCAGCUCGCACAUGAUGAAAACGCACCAAACACUUGCACAACAGCGGGUACUAAUGAUUUCUUAUUUGACCCGAUGGUGCUCUUUAUUUAUAAUAUAUUUUUUAGAUGAUACAGGUUCAGGUAAAAGUUUGAUAAAUGGAAAUUGGAACGAAAGGAACUUUUCGCCAUGUCUCAGUCUCUACUGGUAAACUGCCGCUGUCUUGUUCUUGUUGUUAUUCUCAGUAACAAGCAUCUUGAUUUUCAUCAUUUAAAUCUGUACUACAACUUCUACUUUAGCACCAGCAUGCUGGGUCUCAGCCACCAGCGUGGACCCCGGACAUGCUCAGCGCAGGUUGGACUCCCUCACAGUCAUCUAGCGGAGCCAAAGACAUGAGCAAAGGCGCGUAUGGUUACAACAGCGCUCACGACGAUUCAGCGUACCCGAACCAGAUGUCUAGCAUGGAGAGUUAUAACUAUGGCAGUGAGCAGCUGAACAGCGGCAAGUCGAGCGGCUACAACAAGUAUAGUUACCCUGCCUCUUCGCCGCAAGGAGCAUUAUCAUCUGGUGGCCCGACCAACAUGGCGCAGUCCAAAGGUGCAGGCCCUCCGUCUUCAGGACGAGGCGACAACGCGGGGGGCGCGACUCCAGGCGCUGCUUCUAAGGGUGCAGUCGGCAAAUCCUCAGCUUCCAAGAAGGAUGGUGGAUACCAUCACGGCAUUCACAUUUCGGCCGGAGCCGGAGGCCUUAGCCUGCAGGGGCACACGUACUCGAAAGGCCUGCAACUCGGCUCAGCAGCAUCACAGCCAAGCAGCUCCUCGGGACCCUCGCUCCAGCCGAGUAAGGACACAUCUGCGAAAACCAACACCCCUUGUGGUGGCGCAACCGGAGUCGCAGCGUCCUCUCCAAGCGUGUAUGGCGGAGCAACUCCUCUAUCAAAAUCGAACGCUGUCGCCAGCAGCACCGGUGGAUUUGACAACAACGCUAACCCGCCGUCAUCUGCUUCGUCCACUAUGACCUACAAUCUUGAAUCCGCAUCGUCCCCAGUUCACCGCUCGAAGCAGCCAACAUCAAACAACAUGACCCCUUCUCAACGCAUAAAGGGUGGCAGUCAAGCCGCAAGCGUUACGCCGCAAGGGAAGACCGGACCAUCCGGAAAAUCAGUGCUCAGCGGUAAGAAAAUGGGACCACCUGCAAGAACCUCUCAGGUACACGCUAUUAAGUCUAUUUGCACUUCUCUUCUCCACCACGCGUAUAGUUUUUAAUUUUUUGGACAUCUUGAUCUUGGCGGAUUAACAUGCUAUGCAUAGAUUCUCGUGUGAAGAUGUGCUAGAAGAAGAUGAUCAACAUAGUCUUUCUACUUCUAGUGCAACUGAAAGUACAAGUCGUAGAUAUUAUUGAUGUUCAGAAAUUUUUUCAGAAUUUUCCACAGUACUUCUUAUCAAAGGACUUCGUCUUUGACAUUGACUGCGACAUCGAGAUUAUAUAUGAUAACUUAUUUGUAUUUGAUAAAAAGUAAAAAUAACAAGAAUAUCAAGUUCAACUGGGGCUCUUGCGUCAGCAUGUUCUGUCGCAGUAUAGUGUCUAAUUUCUGUUCAAAAAUAUAUAAAUUCAGUCCCGCUUUGCAAAUGUAGGAGCACCAACACCAGGAGUAAGGGAGCACUACACAGUCUUGCAGCGCCCGACCCGACCCACUCUUGGUGGAGAGGAAGCAGUGCGUCCCACUUCCCGCUUCCCAGAGUAUCCUCCGCCAGUGUUGAGCCAAUCUGAAGCCCGUAACUUCUAUUCAAGAUUUUCACCCUCGAAGCCCUUCCUCCCACCCAUCUCCUCCCCUGAUCACCAUCAUGAUACACAUGCUACCCUGACCGUACACGAGCACGAUCUUCACGACGUUCAUACUGUUGUCCCUCGUCGACAAGAGCAUCAAGGGCGAACCCUAGCACGUAGUUCUAGAAACCUUUGCGGUCCACCGCCACCUUUACCGAGCACGACCAUGCUUCUGUCCUCUUCGGGUGCCUCUCCUUGUUCCUUCAACAAGGCACUCCAUCCAGGUCACAAAUGCAGUACCAGCUACAUUUCCUCUUCUUGUUCAACUCGAACACCCGAUGACUCUAUAUUGAUGCUGUCCCCUUUUGAGUCUUCUCGCUCUCGUCGUGCUCACCAGGCAGCGUCCGAUAUGUCCUCGAUCGGCGGUUUCCCCCCUCCCGGCUCUUUUAGCAGUUCACCGGGAAAAGGCGAUUUUGGUGGAGGCAGCAACCGCUCAUCAACCGAAGGCACGCCGCAGCACAUGUUUGGACCCGCCGGUCGAGCUAGUCCGGCUCACCAUAAAAACAGCAGCACUUACAACGCUUCGUCUUCGUCUUCAACUACUGCGGGACCGCCAAGUGCUGGAGUUGGAGCACCCAGUUCUGCUGGGCGAGGCUAUGGAAAUGGGGACACAGGCAUGAUGAGCAAAGGCGCAUCUACGAGCACGCCAGCUCCGCCGUCUUCGAAUGGAACGGGAGACGCGCAGCGCAGUGCGGGUAAACCGACAUCAUCCGCUUCUUCAGCUAGCGUUGGGAAACUGAUGACUCCUUCUAGCCAAGACUCCCGAAACGGCGACCAAACCACGGAGCAAAGACCUCUCGACGUGGCACAAAUCCAGUAUGUGGAAAACGAAAACGAUAGGCGCUUCCUCCAAGGACUCGAUUACUCCUUGGUUGGCCCUGUCAAUGCACAAGACUUGGAUCGCUAUCCACGAAUCGAGAACUGGCUCCUGAGUCAAAAGGUAUCUAUGCAUACGAAAUCAUUGCUCUAGUGGCUCUGAUUCUUCUUAGUACUUAAUGAUAUUACAGAAGAGACACCAGCAGAUGGUCAUGACGCAAGCGGAAUGCUCGUUGAAAGCAGCAGCUUGCCAUAAUACAGUUAAGUAGAAGUACUUACUUUGUUGAUAGCUUUUCAUUUUUGUAAUCGAGCCACUCUUCUCAACAGCUGCUUGGUGUUGAUAUGAAGCACAACGUGAUUGGACGAGACGACGACUAUCAGUAUUGUGCCUUGAUGAGUUUCGCAGCCCCCUCGAAUGACGCAACAAAGGAGCCUGCUAAGGUGCUUGUGCUCCGAACCCACGAUGGACAGGCUCUUCCAGACAGCGUUGUUCAGGUACUUACACCAACUACAACAAGUACCUCUAGCCUGCAACUUCUUUUACAUUUACAACUUUUCACUUUCCUUGUAUUAACGCUAGCUUUGCAAGUUACAGAUAGCGAAAGCUAACGGCCAGACAAAUUUUUCCUCUCGGCAAUCCUACUUUUUGUUGUUUUUAUUGACAAUAUGGAACUACAUGAAGGUAAUGAUGAGCCGCACGAUUGUUAAAGCCAUUGUGGGUGGCCUGGAGCAACACGUGAGCCGCAUGCAGAAGUCAUUUGGCAUCGGUUUCGCGGGUAUGAAGGAUCCCGCCGAAGUCGCAAAAGAAUAUGGUACUAGGCAGGAAAGUGUUGCCUUGCUUAUCCCAGCACUACAGGUUCUCCAUGUAGGAGUUGCAAAAAUCUCAAACUAACAGUAUUCUUUUUGCUACUAGUGCUUCCAUCAAUUAUAUUCUAUGUAAUAAUUUUCAAUAUCUUUCUCUUUCUCAACAGAUGGCGUCGGGCGCAAUGCUGAGACCGGACGAACGGUAGAAUUAAGCUUGCGACAGAUGUUCAAGACUUUCGGAUUUCCCUGCAUUCACGAUAAGCGCAUUUCACUUAGCAACUGGGAACGCGACAAACUUUCGUACUUCACAAUUUUUAUUUUACUAAUCCUUCGCUUUAGAAUUAGAAAAAUGCAUAUGCAAAGAGUUGGCGGACGAACCUGGUGUAACGUUUUUAGACUAGCAAGACUGAUAAAUAGGUCAUCUUUUUUGGCAUAUGCAUCCUGCUACACCUCAACAUUGUCUGACCACAGACCGGCUCAAAUCCGUUGCGCCGCAGACGACGGAUGGUAUUCUCUUCAAAGCUGGCUGAGGCUCGAAGAGUUGCGACGCGAGCGACACUCGCAAGAGGCCCGCCACCGGAAUUCGAAGGGCGCUCGUAACGCUAUCCGUGAGUACAAUGCCAACCUGAGUUCCGGCAAGGAAGGGGCGAAAGGCGGAGGCAUACAUGCAAAGGACACCGCAAGUGCCGGUGCUGCGGGAAUCUAUCCAUACGUUCCUGCAGGAAUGCUUCAGUCGUCGGGGAGCACUAGUAGCGCAGGUGGUGGCAGAAGCGACUACAAUCAGCAGAAUCAAGCGGGAAGCGGCUACAGUAUGAAUGGCUCUUCCUAUGGUGGUGGUGGAGACUACCAAUACGGAAAUCAUGCCUACGGCGGAACACCCACCAGCAGAUACCCUCCAAGCGCCAGCCCUGGUGGAUAUCAGGGAUACAACUAGCCGAGAAUCUAUGCAAAGGACGAUCGUAUCAUCAGGUUUUUAAAAAACGGAUCCCAGUAAAGAGGUAACCGUUCUUGGUGCUCGCCGUGUAGAAUCAGAAAAAGCCUAGUUGUGCUUGUGUGGUAGGAGAGCGAACAACAAGCGAGAACAUUUUCCCAGUGUUACUCGCUAAAGAAAGGAUCCGAUACAGUAGAUCCCGACUUUUUUGUAAUGACAUGAUAUGUUGGAGGCGGAAGACUCUUCAGGUUGAGUCACCAUGUAAAAUUUUCAUCAUUCCAAAAUGUUACUUAGCAGGAGGAGAAUAAAAACACAGUAAUUACAGCGUAUGAGUAUGAGACUCAAAGUUUAGGCAGGUAUCAAUCAGUCAUCGUUUAAGUUCACGAAUCAACACUGUAUUUAGGAAGUUUAGUUGUAUUUUUACCUAGCAUUACAAAAACUUAGAACAUGAUGAGAAAUAGCAGGAGCAGGCAAAAGUAGGACCACCUGCGUUGACAAAGGGAAACAUCAUUUUUGGUAUGAUGUUGUAGAUCGAGUUUUCGCUUUUUUGUGAUUUCUAGCGGGCGUUCAUGUAAAAGACUAUAUUUUCGUUUGGUUUAUUCUUUGUUGCUCGCAUGGUUCUGGUUGUUGUAUUCUCGAUUAAUCCGAAAGAUGAAAAAUUGUUGUUUAGCAAUCAAAAAAUUCGAGCUAAAGAAGCUAGCAUCAGUUCCACAUUGACAUUCUUGUACAAACUAAGACUAGCUAGAAGCCUGCAGAUGAAAUUCUAUGUCUCCUGCCAGCAGCUUUUGAAACGUACGCUCCAUUAAUUAUGAUAGUGGCCGAUCCUGUAAUGUUUUGUUGUCUGAGAUUGAGAAGUCACUGGUAUUGUAUUACAUGGUCCUGAUGAAGAUGAUCGUACUCGUUCUAUGUUCAUGCAUUCUUGUCAUUUCAUAUUCGUGCUGUAUUUUUUUCUGUAUCGUGAGGUAUUGAUGAUGGGGGUUCACUCUCCCACCUUCAAGUUGUAAACACAACUCAUCUCUCACUAAUCACUGGCCUACCCCUAGAAGUACUUCCACUAUUAUAGACUACGACUUUUUGACUGGUUGCGAACGAACUUAUGGCUGUGUAGUGUCCUUACGACGUUUCGGGGACACACCCAUGAGUGAGCUAGCACCCCGGAGUCAUGGGUGUUAUCCUUGCCCCGUUACGUGCGAGCACCCAUCUUCCUGUUCAUUCUUGUCCUGAUGGGACCUCCGGUGGCUGGAGUAAGGACAUACACUUAUUCGUUAAAGCGCUAUAGAUACUUUAAUAACUAGUUUUUAUUAUUAUUAUUAUUCUUAAUUUUAACUUUCCUUAUUUGUAUACUAUUCCACAUACCUAUUACUGCCUUCUAAAAGUAUUUUGGUACUUUAUCUAUAUGUUACCUUCUCUGCUUCCUACCCAACUCAAUACUCAUAGCGAUGCCACAGUGGACUUGAUGCCGCGGCAGUAGCGGAUGGGAUGGCUUCUUCGUCAUUAGUAGUCAAUACUCAUACAUCAAGGGGAACAACGCUCUAUACUAUAGAACGAAAAAUGAAAUAUUCACCAUCACAUCGUCAGCAUAUCAUCUAUAUUCAACAUCUAGUACAAGAUCAUUUCAUUGUCAUUGAAAUUGAUCGUUCAUCUUGCUUUGGUAUCUCCCCGCGCACCGGUUUUCUUACAGCUAGGGAGCAUUGACUCGUCGCAUAGAGAGGAUGUUCCACUCAUGAAGGCCAACAUACUAUAAUGGUUUGACAGAAACAAGAGAUACUCGGUAACAAUACUUGUCAAGUUCGGCCGAUCCGGUGCUUCAGGCGCAGGGCUGAGGUGGGAGCCCAUCUAAAUCUAGACCUAAUCGCCAUUAAUACCCGUUGUUGUAGCAUUUUGAACCUGUACACCAUGAACAAACAAGGUGGCGAAAGAGCAAUGUCUAACAUCGCCUAACUAUGUAUGGAAGAAAAAUCUGUACUCAUUCUCGGAAACGAGACUCAAAAACUUUUCGCGUGUUGAGAUUUCGCCGCUUGGCUGGCCACUCACAACCGGCGCCGGGCGCAAUCCAUACGGCGAGGGGACAGGCGUGGCAGGGGAAACCCAGGAGAGAGGUCAAACAAAGCCACCCAAAGCAGUACAAGCCAGCCCAAGAACAAGGGCGCCAGGCGCUCACUUCCUGCGGCUCGGGCGCCAAGCCAUCACCUUGCUGCCCUUGGGAGUCACCCGCGCGCACGCGCGGCGGGUGCCGGUGCUCAUGUGCGUCGCUGGUGACGAGGCACACGCCAGACAGCUCGUAGCGAUGCUAUGCCAAGAGAAACAGGGCCCACUCCUGGAGUGGUCAAGAGCUACGCAGCCAGCACCUCUCCGAGGGCGGCGCACAGGGGUGACGCUGCGCGACCCUCUUGGGGACUUGGUGCGCGUGUGUUGUUGUACCUUCUCCAGCGGUUUGAAUUAAAUUGCGUACUUUUCUCAACGCCUGCGUCUGGGGUGUGACUCAACCCCUCAGAUCCAGACGCUGAAAAGAUUGCCCAUCUUAAUUCAAAGAUAGCAGGAACCUAGUGCGAGGAAGCUCCCGAGAGCAGUCCAGAUCUGGGAAGGCUCCAGCGCGUGCAAAUUUGGACAAGCUUCGCGAGCCUUUUCCCACUGGAUUCCGCCCACGUAUGGACUAAAGUGCGUCUUUUUCUCAACUUUUGAAUUUUGAGGGUCAGGACACACCGGAGGCGCGGACGUUGAGAAAAAGAUGCAACUUAAUCCACCCCUCGAGCCUCUCCAGCACUAGAACCCGUCACCUGGUGUGUGCUCCAGUCGGGCCCGAUACCCUUGGCGCAGCUCUUGGGCGAAUCUGCUGAAGGGCUCCGAGAGCUGACAGGCGGCGGCGGCUGCUGGCUCUCUGGCUGAGUGCCUUCACGGUCCGCAGCGCGGCGCCCACUCCUGCCCCCGUUUCGCCGGGUGUUGGUGCCUAUUUUGCGCUGCUUUGGUGGAUUGCUCCCAGGAGCCGCGUACCGCUCCCUUGGCGUCAGAGUGCAGACGGCGGGUCCCUGGCGUCCGAUUCUUGGGUUGGUUUGUGUCGCUUUUGGUGGUUUUGGUUGGCUUUUCUUUGGGGUUCGCCCGCCACGUCUGUGCCCUUGCUAUAAGAACGGAGAUCGGCCCUCGUUGUGGCUUGCCAGCCAAACGGUGAAGUCUCAACAUAACAAGAAUUUUAAUUUUUUAGUCUCGUUUUUGAGAAUGAGUACAGUUUUUCUUUUUAUCUCCAUACAAGUAACCUUUCGUUCUUGAGUCGCUUUUCAUCAUAAGCAUGAUCUCUGGUUUCCAAGGAAAUCGACGUCUGAAGAAUUCCUUGUUUCACUACGCAGAACAAGGGAUUCUAUUUUCUUUGAGUUCAACGGCCUCAGAUCAAGUUGUACAAACGAAGUUUGCGGAAACAAAUUGCGGUCUCACGACUACAAGUACAACAAGAGGCAUGUUGCUACUGCUUGUUUUUGUAUUAAGUACAUAGUUCUUACCAAUAGCAAGUUCAUUCAAUAGGUUUGGGGACAUUUCGGGAUGCAGUCGUCACUCGUCAUGAUCCAAUGAUUGAUUUGUGUUUUCGUUCUAUUUUUUUUCACAAUAAGAGAUGUUUCGGGAGAUAGCAUCGCCGCUGGUCUCUCGCGAUUUAGGCUAUUGGUGUGUCAAGUCUUCCUCUAGUACUUUAGGCCUACAUAUAGUGACCGUCAAUAAAGCUGCAGAUCAAUAUUUUUAUGACAAAAACAAGAUGGUCAUGGUGGUCAAAGUACAACCGCCAUCGGAUCAAUAUGUUCAUGGUUAUCCCGUUUAAAGCGAAGCAAGUUCGGUAGAGGCUGAAGCAAAAGAGCAACUAUAAUAUGUUAGCGCGUGGUCUCCGUCGUAGCCACUAGGGAGCUUGCCCUGGUCAUCCACCUCUUGUGUCGUCGACGCGUGUUCACGUACUGCUUUAUUAUUGAUAUGCAAGAAUAGCGAACGCGUUCGACGUAGCUAGUUCGUUGGGGUGUGUACUCUUGCGCUGACAUCGGUAUCCUCUAUCCUUACCUCGUACUCAUAUUCUUGGGGGCUGCGCAUCCUACACGCAGCGCACGUGACCGCCCGGCCCGUGUGGUAUUCGUAUUCUGUAUUCGUAUUCGUACUCUUGUACUCGUGCUCGGUAUUCGACUCGUAUUCGUAUUCUACUCUACUCUUUCUUUUCUCCCUCCCUCCGACUCAUUCUACUCGAAUUCAUUGGUUCAAACGAAUCGGAUGCCGUUUGUGGGCUAGUCUGUCCCGUUGACUGAACUAGCAAAAGAGUACUCACCCCUCGCACGUCAGCACCUUCAUGUAUGCACCUCAAUUCACACCAUGCCGUCGGCCAAACCCAAAGCCGGUUUUUCAUACCUCAACAAAGACGCAAAGCGACAAGC